AUGUCACAACUGCAGAGUCAACGAUCACCCUCACUGGCGGGUCGAGCACCGUCAACAUCUUUACGCUCUCUCUCAACAGAGCGUCAACGCUAUGAUGAGACACUCGCAAUGUAUGCUAUUAGCGGUACCGCCCGGGCAAUGGAGUAUGAUGGGGAACGACGUGUAUGGACAGCAGAGGCUGAUGGACACCUUAUUGUUCGCGCCCCUCCUCGUGGUGAAAUACUUUUUGAGGUGAAGGCACGAGAAGGUGCUUUUUGUACCGUAUUACGGUCUGUUUCAGCGAAACGAAUGUGGGCAGCUUUUUCAGAUGGAUUUAUUUGUUGUUAUAGUACUUCAAAUGGAUCAAUGGAACGUGAAUUCGUACAACAUGAUGGCGCCGUACUUUGCAUGGCAUGUUCUAAAAAAAGUGAUUAUGUGUAUAGUGGAGGAGAAGAUUGGAAAGUUUAUCAGUGGUCCAAGUCUUCAUGUACGUACGUCCGACUUUUUUCUGGGCACACGAAUUCUGUUAGAUGUGUACUUGUAGUAACUGCUUCUAAUGAUCCUUUAUCCAUAUCUUCUGAGGAAAAAUCACCUCAGCAAGUGCAGGGUGAUGAUGAAAAAGACGUAGACGACGCUGAAGGUGAUGAGUCAGGCUUUGACGAAUAUGUUCUCUCUGGUAGUGAUGAUUCAACUAUUAGGAUAUGGAACCCUAGAGCACCGCUACAAAUUGAAAAAAAUGUGGCAUGUGUAGCAACACUACGCGGUCAUCAAAACUCUGUACGUACAUUAGAAAUAUAUCCUCGCACCAAAGAAUUGUGGUCAGGAGGUGAUGAUUGCACAGUUCGUGUCUGGGAAUGGCGUAAUAAAGAUGAACGCGGUUGUGUUGCCGUCUUAGAAGGUCAACAUACCGCUCCUGUUACCGCUAUUGUACAUGUAGCCCCACGUAUGUGGAGUAGUGGGAAAGAUGGUAAUGUUGUUGUUUGGGAUGCACGUGAGCAUACACCUGUGCGUCGCUUUCAACCUGGUGUACGUCCUAUAUUCUCCAUGUUACGUCUAUACCGUUCAACUCACUGGACGGUGUGGGUGGGUGGACCAGAGGGUGUUAUUCACGCUGUGCACGCUGUUGGAGAAGAUCAUGAUGUUGAUGUAAAACUUCAACGCUAUGAGCGUCGCUUUAGGCAGGGCAAGAAUAAGUAUGAUAGACUGCAAGAAAAGGCAUGGAAUCAGCAAGAGCACAUGAAUAAACUUGAAAAACGUAAUAGAAUACUUGAAGAAAAUCUACAACUUCUUAACGAACAACAAGAAAAAGAUUAUGGGGUUGAAAGCACUAUGACUCCUGAAAAACACAAAACGCUAUUGGAUAAUCGAUUAGUAGAAAUAAAUAAUUUAAAGGCAACUGUAGCGCGUCUAGAAGCUCAGCGAAAGGCUAGCGAAAACGCUCUUAAUAAGGCAACAUCUCUAAGCAGGGAGAAGGACAAAACUAUUGCAAGACUAACUAACGAGCUUUCCGAGAAGGAACACGAGAUACAACAAAUGGAAAGGCAACUUGAAAUGUUAAUGACGCGUCAGGGUUCAGUUAACACAGAAAAUGAAACUGAACUUGCCUAUAAGGAGCUUUUACUACAGGAAGCUCGUGAAACUAUUACUCGUAAAAACAGCGCAUUUGAUGCAUACAGAGAAGAAGUAGAAAAACAACAGCUCAUGGAUAAGAUAGAACGUGAUACGCUGCGACGUCAACUUCUAGAAGCUGAAAACUAUAAAGAGUUGUAUGAGGCAAAAGAUGAUGCUUUGCGUGAAGCUUUUGAACAGUUGGAUGAACUACAACGUAAACUUGAAGGUGAACAAUUGUAUGUAAACGAACUUUUGCAUGAAUUAGCACAACAUUCGCAGAAACAGUCUAGCCCAUCUCGUGAUCAAACCCCAUAUAAAAGCAACAGUAACACUUAUACACCAACUAAAGAACAAUCACAAAGAAACAAUUUUUACAAACGACUACCGGGCACACAAUGGGCAAAAGUUUGCAACACUCACCCAGAAGUACUACAAGACACUCUCAUCGCAGAAAUAACAGAAGUCGUCGCUAGUACUACAGCUGUUGUUACAGAAUUAACUUACGCAUCAUCAAAUAACUGUCUCUUGCUUGAAGUUGCAUUAGAACACAACCAAACUGAAGAAAGACAUUUACAAAAAGUUAUCAACAGCUACCACUUCCCACAAACAAUCACUCUACACAAUAGUUUAACAAAACAUUCUCCUGAAAAAUCUAAUCAGUUAGGUCAACAUCAAUCCGAACAAGAAACAAUCCUGCUUGAAGAAAAGAAAAAAAUAAAAUCAGAACGCGACGAAGCACUGGAACAGCUCAAAGAGGCAGUCAAAGAACUGGAAGAACUACAUAGUGCACAGCAAAAGGCUGAAGAAGAGCGAGCGAGGAUUGCGCCACUCUCAGCGCACUCCAAGAGUCCACAACCGCGCACGGGAAGUGGAUUCUCACAGAGAGGCUCUGCAUCCCAUGACCCCGCCCAGGCACCCCUGUACAGCAUCACUGCCCAGGAGUAUGAAAGUGUCGUUGCCGAGAAGAAGAAGGCGGAAACAGAGAGGGAU